AGUACUCCGCUGUUUCUUCCGGUUCUUUGGCUGUGUACAAAUCGUCAUGGCCUGCACAGUUCGGAAGCGGAUGAGGUUAUAACGUCGGCAUUAACUUAACCAACUGCUGAGCCCGUAAACGCUUGACAUCAUGUACUUCGAUCAGGGUGAAGAAAGAGAACUGAAAGUUUCUGUUAUGUUCAAACGAGCUCAAGGAAGAAAGAAAGUCCUGACAUCAGUAAAUUGGAAAGAGAGAGUUUUUGUGUUAACGCCUAAAAAUCUUAACUAUUUUGAAGGCAGUUGCGAGAAACGUGGAAGAUGCAAGGGAUCCAUUCCUUUAAGUUCAGUAAAAGCUGUAGAGUUUGUUGAUGACACAGCAUUUGACCAAAACAAGAAGUUUUGCUUCUGCUUUCAAGUUGUUUAUGAUGACUUAGUCCUCUAUGUAAAUGCAAAAAGUGAACAAGAGAAGAAAGAGUGGGUAGAGGCUAUACAAGAUGAGUGCCGUUGUAACAAGUUUCUCCUCUUGGAAUAUCAUCCUGGAGUAUUUAUCAACAAAUGGUCAUGCUGUGAAGGCAAAGAAAAGACCACUCCUGGCUGCAAGGAGUCCUUCGCUGCACAAGAGAGAAACAGCUAUCAAGGGGGUAGACGAUACACAGAGAAUUCAAGGACAUCAAAUUUUAUAACUUCCCAGCCCUUACCUCCUAUUCCUCCUACAUCUUUAAUGCAGAGUGAAGGACAGCCUCAGCUGGAACAGAAAGCAAAGAGAGAACAAGAAAAGAAACCACCUGAAGUUGUUGUGGCCAUUUAUGAUUUUCGUGGAGCUGAACAGGGUGAUUUAUCACUCCUCAAGGGAGAGAAUCUUAUUGUUAUUGAUAAACAGUCAGAUCACUGGUGGAUAGCCAAAAACUCAAGAGGGGAACAGGGUUACAUUCCUAGUAAUUAUGUUAGAAGACAAGGGUUGGAAAGUGAAAGUUGGUUCCAGCCUGAAAUGUCAAGACAAUUGACUGAGGAUAUUUUGAAGAAAGAGGGAAAAGAGGGUUGCUUUGUGGUUCGUAAUUCAAGCAAAGAGGGAAUGUACACAUUGUCAGUUUUGCAUGGUGAUCAUGUUCGUCAUUACCACAUCAAGAAAGACAAUGGUCAGCUUUACAUAUCAGACAGACACCGAUUUCCCACUGUGCCUGAACUUAUCAACUACCAUCAACAUAAUAGUGGAGGCUUGGUGACAAGACUACGACAACCACCUUCAUUUGGUCAAGCACCUGUUGCAGCAUUUGGCCAUGAUAUAUGGGAAAUUCCUAGAUCAGACAUUGUCCUUGGCAGAGAGCUAGGUACAGGACAAUUUGGGACAGUCAGACAAGGUACAUUCCGUGGAAAUUUGCAUGUGGCUGUUAAGUUGAUGAAGGAAGGUGCAAUGUCUGAGGAUGAUUUCAUUGAUGAGGCAAAAGUUAUGACGCAAUUCCAACAUCCUCAUCUAGUUCAGUUGCAUGGAGUUUGCAGUGAGAAACCCAUUUAUAUCAUUACAGAAUUCAUGUCUCAAGGGUGUCUUUUGCACUACUUGCGGCACAAGUAUAGUAGCCUUCAGCCUCCUCAAAUGACAGAAAUGGUACGUCAAGUGGCAUCAGCCAUGAUGUAUCUGGAAAGUAGAAACUUCAUUCACAGAGAUUUAGCAGCAAGGAACUGUCUUAUAGGAGAUAACGACAUCGUGAAAGUUGCUGAUUUUGGUUUAGCAAGAUACGUUAUUGAUGAUGAAUACACAGCAUCAGAGGGGACAAAAUUUCCAAUAAAGUGGGCAUCACCAGAGGUCAUUCUUUACACCAAGUUCAGUAGUAAAUCAGACAUAUGGGCUUUUGGCAUCCUAACUUGGGAAAUAUAUACCGCGGGAAAACAGCCCUACCCUUCCGUCAGUAACACAGAUGUAGUUCAAAAGGUCAUUAAUGGUUAUCGCCUGCAGAAACCCCAUAGAUGUCCUGAUGAGAUGUACAAAAUAGUAGAACGAUGCUGGAACGCGGAACCAGAGCAGAGACCUUCCUUUGGAGCAGUAUACAAAAACAUUGUAGACUUUGUGGGGGAAGAUUACGAUGAAACUGUUGACUGAGGUAGAACCUUGGCGAUUUAAGAAAUUAAUGGCACUAAUGCUAAGUGGACAUUAGACUCUGUCAAGUGUUCUUGAUAAGUGACCUGAGGUGAAAUCUAAAAGUCAGGUUUUGUAUUGAACUAGUAGGUAUCUAUGUAUCAAAUCCCAACAAACUUUCCUUUCGAAGAUAUGAUGUUUACUCAGUUUUUUCACUUUGAUCGAAGUUAUGUUUUACCCCUCAGUUAUACUGUUUUGUUGCAAUUAAAAUAAAUUGAAAUACAUACAUAUAUAUAUAUUUACAUAUAUAUGAUAUGAUACAUAUGGUAGUUUUUAAAAAUGAAGAAUUUAAACUCGAGUUUCACUCACUAAGUUAUCGUCAGAUUGAAGUUUUCUUAGCGAGCAGAAUUGUACGUGAAAGUUUCAAAUUUCAAAUUCAGUUGCGGUUUGAAAAUAAGCAGUUACAAUAACGCUCAUGAGAGAAACAACAUUAAUUAGUUUGCAGUUCCUAACUUUCCCAGUGUUUCUGUCACGAGUUCCUCAUAAUGUGAACAAAUUCUUUGUAGAAAACGUUUCCAACUGAGAUGGGAUGAUAAUUUUAAAAAAGGAGAAUAAUGCGCAGAGGGUUUUUUAUCUUUUUUUUUGUAAUGUCAAAUGAUUUUUAUACAGAAUAAUUUUAGACGAGUCACUAGACGGUAGGAUUUUGAGGAAUCAUUCCCUCUGGGAAUUUUUGUAUUUUGGAGAAGGAAACUUCCGAUGAAAUUCUUGAAAUUAAACAAUUAGUAUGUGUUCCGCAUAACCUCUAUCAAUUCAAUAGUUGUGAAGAGACCUACGCCAGUUACUGACGAAGAGAACGUGGCUGAGUUGGGUAACCAAACAUAAUUAUUGUUUAAUAAUUUAGACCGAUUUUGAAAUAAAAAAGAAUUUUUUAAUGCUUUA